AUGGAUAUACCAUCCAAUUCCAGUAAGUGUGAGAUAGUGGAAGAGAUCAUUUCUGAGUUCAAAGUAUAUGAGAAGCCUGAGAGUAGUUGUGCCCACAAAUUAGGAAAAAAAUAUUCUAUUGAGGAUGAUAUCAAUAGUCUUUUCCAUGCCAUUGAUAUUAAAAAUUCAGCCAGAGGUCCUAAUACACCACGUUCACAUUCACAGAAGAGUGCUCUUAAAAAGCCCAUGAGAGUCACUUCAUCUAGGGCCUCAGAAAUUGGCAUCUCAGAACCUGUAAGUUUAAAGCAGGCACUUAGAGGGUUGUGCAUCUCACAGGCAUCAGAAAUGGCUGCUUUGAAGCGACUGUCAAAGUCACCCAAAUCAUCAAGAGUAUCGGAGGCUGGAACCAUCAAAAAGUUGUAUACAGAAGUAGUAGAUGAGCGGCAAGGGGACUUGGUGGAAAUCUCCCAUGUGCCCGAGAUAUCUAAGCCUUCUGAUAAAUUGUGCAGCAACGAGAAUCACGAGAUAUCAACUUCAACUUCAAGUGCUCAUCAUUCUAUUCCUUUUGUUGAUGCAACAAACCCAAAAACAACCAGAUCAGCAUACCGAAAUCAAAUUGUUCCUCUUCCAUCAGAAGCUCAGGCUGAGAAGCUAGUCACUGGGCUGGGAAAACAAAUACUUGCAAAUUCAUCUUCAGUUGCCUAUGCAAGCGAUGAAGUGUUGGAGGUCAGACUAAAAACAGUUCCUGCUUCCUCCAGCAAAGAUUCUCUCAGUUCUUCAACGCCAGAUAAGGGGAUGGAAGCAAAGUUAAUUUCUCCGGCUUCACCACCUAGUUCUGGCACUGGUAAUGGAGUGGAUAAGCCCACAGGAAAUAAUACAUCUUUGGCAAAGCCAAUUUUCAAGGACAAGAACUUUCUUAUGAAAAAAGAAAAGCAAGAUUUAUGUUCUUCCUCGAGCUGCUCCACUUCAUGUACCAGAAAUAAUGGCAAUAAUUUGGCUUCUAGUACAAGUAAUUUGAACAAGGUGACUGACAAUUCUGAUUUAAAGAAUGAAAUGAAAGAAAACGAGAAACUAUCCCUCAGCUGUUCAAAUCAUACCAUUGAAGUUUACUCAGUUAAUGUUGGCAUGGAUUCAAGGAAACUUGGUUUCAGUUUGACUAGUAAAAGGAGAACUAAGUUUCAGGUGACAAAAAUUGAUGAUAAAUCAAGAUCAAAGGAAAAGGGUGAGUUCUCCCAAAGUUCAAAAAGUAGCAUUGGUGAGUAUAGGGCUAGUACAAGCAUCAGUGAGGAUAGCAAUCCAAGUGUUUCCACUAGCAGUGGCCACAGACCUCACAUGUCAAAACACUCGAGAUGGGAAGCAAUUUUUGUUGUUCAGCAGCGGUAUGGUCAUUUAAGUUUGAAGCACUUCAAACUGCUCAGGAGGCUUGGUUGUGGGGACAUUGGAACUGUUUAUCUUGCGGAACUAAUUGGUACAGGCUGCCUUUUUGCACUGAAAGUGAUGGACAAUGAAUUUUUGGCAAGCCGGAAGAAAAUGUGCAGGGCACAAACAGAGAGAGAGAUUCUGCAGAUGCUGGAUCAUCCGUUUCUUCCUACGCUUUAUGCCUAUAUUGCAACAGGUAAGCUCUCUUGCUUGGUUAUGGAGUAUUGUCCAGGUGGAGAUCUGCAUGUGCUGCGGCAGAGGCAACCCUGUAGGAGUUUUUCGGAACAAGCAGCCAGGUUUUAUGUUGCUGAAGUUCUCCUUGCCCUGGAGUAUUUGCGCAUGCUAGGAGUUGUAUAUCGAGACCUGAAGCCUGAAAAUAUCCUAGUACGAGAAGAUGGCCAUAUUAUGCUGACAGAUUUUGACUUGUCACUCAGAUGUUCUGUCAAUCCAAUGGUAGUCAAGGCAUCUUCACCAGAGGUGAACCAAAGAAAGAUGUCCAGCCCUUGUUCUGAGGCUAACUGCAUACAUCCUUUCUGUCUCCAACCAAAUUGGCAGGUCUCAUGCUUUACUCCGAUUCUAUUAUCAACCGGAGCAAAAUCUCAAAAAACUAAGGCUGAUAUAGCUGCUCAGGUUGGUCCACUUCCACAGCUUGUAGUGGAGCCUACUAGUGCACGUUCUAACUCUUUUGUUGGAACAUAUGAAUACCUUGCUCCAGAGAUCAUCAAAGGUGAGGGUCAUGGGAGUGCUGUAGAUUGGUGGACUUUUGGUAUAUUUUUGUUUGAGCUUUUAUAUGGUAAGACUCCAUUCAAAGGCCCUGCAAAUGAAGAUACAUUGGCCAAUGUAGUGUCACAGAGCCUUAAGUUCCCUGAUGCUCCUAUUGUCAGUCUUCAAGCAAGAGAUUUGAUCAGACGAUUGUUAAUAAAAGACCCUGAAAGGAGAUUUGGUUCUGUAAAAGGUGCUGCUGAAAUAAAGCAGCAUUCCUUCUUUGAAGGCCUCAAUUGGGCUCUGAUACGGUGUGCAGCACCACCCGAGCUCCCCAAAUUUCGUGAUUUUGGAACUAGUGCGCAAUCUAUGGCUCCACGCAAAGAGAAUGCCAAUCAUUUAGGGGAAACAGAAGAUUGUGGGGAGUUUGGCCUGUUUUAGUGGAUUGAAUCAAUGAAGUUAGAACUUGGUUUCAAAAACUGUUGUCAUUCAUGUAACAAUAUAAGCUUAUAGCGUAAAGGUAAUUCAAA